AUGGCCACGUUGGAAAAAAAACAGAUGGUUUUGACAACGUACAUGGCGGUUUUGGCUAUGGAAAACGGAAUGAAGAUGGCAACCGCAUCCUUGAGUUUGCUGAAAGUCACGGCUCCGCAAUUUAUAAACAUGAUGGAUUUUGGAGUAAUUGGUCGAAAUGUAGCGCUAGUUGUGGCAUUGGAAAUUCUACCAGACAUUGGAUUUGUAUUAAUUCUCAGGACUGUUUACAGAUUUCAGAAACUAAAAUUUGCAAUGUUUAUGAGCAUGUUAGUUCUGAAUGGUCUAAAUGGUCUCUGUGUAGUGUGUCAUGCAGCCAAGGAAUACGGACUCGCUUUCGGUUAUGUGCUAACGAAAACACUGCGUGUCGUAACAUUAAAGAAACUGAAAAAUGUUUCCAACAGCAAUGCAUUUCAAGUUUGCUUUUCACUUUUCAACACAUUAAAUUGUAAGCUUUAA